GUCGGAACAGCACAGUAGUUUCUGAUUUUCAUCUGCGCUGCCAGUCUCCUGCGGGCUUAUCGAGGAAAUAAAGCCGUUUGCCUAAAACAGAAAAGUGCAUGAAGGAACUUUAGGAUAAUGAUGGAGGCCUGGCUAACAGUGGCCUGGGUCCUGCUAAUGACCAACAUUGCUGAUUGGCUGAAAACUGUCCAGUCACGGGACUUCACCAUGACGGACAUCAUCCUGCUGCAUCCCUCAACUACACCUCAUCCUGGUGGCUUUAAGUGCUUCACGUGUGAAGACGCUGCAGAUAACUAUGAGUGUAAUCGCUGGGCACCGGAUGUUUACUGUCCAAAAGAUGCCAGAUACUGUCACACACUCCACAUGAUGGAUAACCAUGGCGACAGUGUGUCUGUGACAAAGCGCUGUGCGACGCUGAAGGACUGUCUGUUUACUGGUUGUGCUGAUGUCACCGAUAAUGGCUAUCAGAUGUGCUCAUCCUGCUGUGAGGGGAACAUCUGUAACAUGUUGGCGCCAAGGAAUGCGAGCAACGCCAUCUUCUCCUCGACUUCUCCCCUGGCCAGCUCGAGCAGAGGAUUUCUUCCUGCAAAGCUGAGCUACAUCAUCAUCGGCAUCUUUACAGCUGGACAUGUUUGAUAGGGAAGUUGCAUCUGUGAGACAUAUGCAUAUCAGACCCAACUUUAUAAAGGACACUUUUUGUGAAACUGAAAAAUUUGCUAAAAGGUGAAGAACAAUAAUAAAUGUAUUUCCUAAUCUCAUGGUAUUUUUUUACAACCCUGGUAUAUUUAGCA